CUCCGGCGGCAGUGGGACGGGCGUGCGGGGACAGCGCGGCUCCCCCGGCCCCGCCGCCGCUCGCUCGGGGCCGCCGCAGCCGGAGCGGCCGCCCCAGCCCAGCCCCGGUGCGGCGAUGAGGGGCUUAAAGAGGCUGCGGCUCAAAAACUGGCGGCGAUGCGCCCUGCUGCUGCUCCUCCUCUGGGCUGCCUGCUGGGUGGUGGUGAGCGCUGCGCUGUUCCUCCUCCACAGGAGCGUCUUCUCCGAGAGCUGCACGGACGAGAAAAGCCACCGGAUCCUGGCCAGGCUGUGCCUUGACUACAGCAGUGGAGCCCUGACUGGGGACCUCUGUGAAGACCUGUGCGUGGCGCAGAAGCUGGUGUACAAACACUGCCUCUACUAUGACAGAGGUAAGAAGGUCAUUCAGGCUGAUUGGAGAGGCCAGUCCAUCAUACUGAAAUCCAAAAAAGAAAGUUUUUCAAGCUACCAGCACCUCAGUAUGCUAGAGGAGGUGGAAACACAGGAUAUCCCUGAAACAGAGCUUCUGCUUAUGGUAGCUUUGGAGGUCAAAAAUGCCCUGGGGCUAGAACUGUCUAACAAUACCAUGGAGCCCCUGUGGACAAGGAAGAAGGGACCACGUUGGAAAGCACAGGUGGCCAGCAUGUGGUCCUUGCUCCAGCAGGAAGAAUAUAUCUACUUCAGUUUGCUGCAGGACUUCAGCAAACAUGUGCUACGAAUUAUUGGCUCUUGUGGACACUUUUAUGCUGUGGAGUAUCUCACAGCUGGACAUGCCUGGCACAAAACUCUUUUUCCCUUGGAAAACGUGAUCGGCCCCUCCCUUACUGGACACAGAAGCAGGGUGAGAGCCAUCAUUGACAUUGCACUCAGCUUUCUGGACAUGGUGCGGCAUUUUGAUAACGAUUUCUCUCACCGACUUCACCUGUGCGACAUCAAACCAGAAAACUUCGCUAUCAGGCAUGAUCUCACGGUGGUGGCCAUUGACGUGGAUAUGGCCUUUUUUGAACCCAAAAUGAGAGACAUCCUGGAACAGAAGUGCACAGGAGAUGAAGAUUGUAAUUUCUUUGAUUGCUUUUCAAAAUGCAAUCUGAAAAUCAGAAAAUGUGGAGCACAGAGAGCCAAUAACAACUUGCAAGUAAUCUGUGACAAAAUAUUCCGUCGCUGGUUUUCCCCAAAUCUCAGAGGAGCAUUGGUUUCCCUGCCCCUGCAGCUGCAGCUGCAGAAAGCCGUGCAGGAGUGUGCUCAGCCGGGGCACACGGGUGCCACCGGGCACCAGAGGACUCUGAAAUCUUUCUCCGAGCUGUACCACCUGCUCCGGGUCACUCAGCGAGAGCUGAGAGGGGCAGAGUAGACACAAAAGUCAGAACUGCAAAGGCCAUGUCCCAGUCUCUCUGCCAUCCCUCCUAACCCCAUACUUUUACAGCACAGAGAUUGCUUUUCUGCUAUGCAAAUCAAGUUCAUAGCUGCAGGUGCAGCAUGUCCUGAUAAUAUCUUGUCAAGUGUUAAAUUGCUUUACGUUACUUGGAUUCUGUUCUUGCUUAUUUUGCUGAGGAAGCACUACCCCUCUCCACCAGCAUAUGGCACAUCCUUCUAAGCUGCAGUCACUGCUCAGAUAGCAUCUGUCUGAGUGUGGUGCUCAGAGGAUGCAUUUACAGAAGAAAAGUGUAAGUGCAGCAAAACUCGACCAAUAAUUAAAAGAAUGGGUGGGUGGGUGUGAAUUAGUACAUGCAUGGUGUUUGUUUUAGUUUCUCUGUCAAAUGAGGUGGAUUUUUACAGUAGAUACAGAGCAUUUUGUGUGGAGAAAAAAAAAAGGGGGCGAUAGCAAACAGGAAAAUGUACUGUCACACAAGGAAAGAGUUGCUUUUGUACAAAGCAAUCCUUUCUGAUGUCCCCAAAUGCAUUUUCUCUGGGGUAUUGCAUUACCUGUGCCAUUGCUAACUCCUAUGGGGAAAUAUUAUAUAAAGGUACUUUGGACUUUUCUAGAGCAAAAUAAUUAUACUCCUGCUGAGCUCCCAUGUGGGUAUUCAUAUUCUACAGUGAAGAGGUAUGAAUAAUGCUACCGGAUUUUCCCAUGUGAACAAGCCCUCAGGCACUUGUACAUCAGAGCACUUGAUAAGAAGCACUCCUUUGCCAGAGAGCAGAAUUGCCCAGGAAUGUCAACAAUCUGUCCUUUGCACAGAACAAUAUCCAGAUGCAGAAUUUUCUUCCACGGUAUUUUUUAAAUGAAAAAAAAAAAAGAAAAAUAUUUUACAAAUUCAUUAUCUUGCCAUCAGUUGUACAAAUAAAGAUCUCUAGAUCAACUUAAAAACAUUAACUUUGCCUUUAAAAUGUGCAGAGCUGUGGCUGGAGAAACUAACAUGGGUUCAGGUGACUCUUCAAGUGCAUACCAACACCAGGCAAGGUCCCCAUGAUCUGGUAUUGGCAUGAGGACAUUACAAACCCCACAAACAGGAAUCCCAGUGGCCUAUGGCAGCCCUCAGCUUGGAGGAAUCAAUUUUAAGACUGACAAUACUGGUUUGUGGAUGUGAGACAUGUAACAACACUUAAUCUGCUCCAUCUUUAUGUCCCUCAACCUUAUGACAGCUGUGAGGCCUGUGAGCGCUAAUUAGACAUAAAAUUUCCAUUUCUGGAGUGGUUCUUUAAACUAAAGCUAAAGACUGCACAUGACCAGAAAAAUGGGAGCUGCAGAGGAGUUCUUGACCCCUUGAGAUCUAGCUCAAAUUUUCAGACUGGUGUUAGUGUGUUUUUAUACAUAUUUGUGGCAAUAAGCAAUCAUAUUUUUAAAAAUCAUGCAAGAAACUCAUAGGAAGAACAAGGUCAGAUGCCUUGCCUGAGGCUGGAAAGCUGCUGCUGAGCUGGAGCUCCAGCUUAGGAGCUUCUGACUGGUAAAAUUACUCUCAGUCCAUGCUUCUCCUUUAACCAGGCAGGCAAAGAAUAUUUCUGUACUUUAAAUCAUUCUUUGCAAAAGCAGGAGGGCAAAGCAGAAUACGAAGAAACAUGAAUUCCAGAACUAGCCCUGUUACAAAUUCAUGAAAUAGAUGGAGAAAAUAAUUAAGAACAGAAUCAGAUUGUGGCAAAGGAACAGGGAUAGGUAAAGUAUCAGUUAGAGGGAAGACAAGGAAAGAGAGAUUAAGGAAAACUAGAAAAAAAAAAAGAAGUAAACAAUACGUCAGCCUUUGAAGAAACAUGAUUUAUGAUGCAAGAUUCAAUAAAGUGACAUUUACUCUGAGAAAGAAGAGACUGAAGAUAAACAUGAUAACUCCCUUCAAAAACAGAGAUAGGUUGAUAAAAAGAGAAUAGGAGAGAACUGCCCUGUCCAGAUUUCCUUGGUGGAUAUGACGAGCAAUGAGCUUAAGGAGCAAGGAAAGAAACAGGUAAGACAUUUGCUACAGGUUUUCUGGUAGAAAGGAACAUAAAGGUAUGACACAAAUCAUCUGGGAAAGCUUUAGCCUUCACAAAUUGUGGUUUUCAACUAACGGCAAAAGUGAAUGCCUGUCAAGAAUUGUUAAGUUGGUGAUGCUGCCUUGAGGUAACCUUUUCCUCCAAGUCAUGUGAUUAUGUUAUCAACAGUUUGCAUUUGUGCUCUCGUGACACAAAUCAAUUUUUGUGCUCCCACACAAAAAAUCCCCCCUGCUUGGUCCUUGCUAGGUAGGAGGGACUCAAUAUAAAUCCCAAAUGCUGCUGGGGAACCUGAAGAUAUUAUACAUCUUCACACAUGAAGAUGCUCCUGUUUCCCUGGUCCCAUUAUUUCCUCCUUCCCAAGCUCAGAGGGUACCUUCAGGGAAAAGCAGGCAUCACACAGACCAUCAGUGCUUUGCAGAAGAGUCAUGCUCCUCCCAUGCCAGGGAUCCCCUUCCAAUUUCCAGGUUUGCAUUUCAGACAGGAUAAAUUUCUUCUGGGUGAGAUAUUCCACUUUUAAAACAGAUGGGAAAAAAACAUAGUGAAAUGAAAACUGGUGGCAGCCAAAUGCUGGUGUGAUGUGACUCUGCUCAGAAGAUCCUUUUUCCCUGGCAGGGUAUAGGAAGGGAAGCUGCCUUUGACAGAUCUCUCCAAACCCUUCAGGGCCUGGCUGCAGCUACCUCCACCUGGCAGGGACCUCCUUCCCCCACACCACACUUUCCCAGGACAUUAGGUUUCACUUCUUUUCAGGAUACAGAGAAUAAUCCUCAGAAAGAUCAACACAAUUGGGUUAUUUGUCCUUGGCUGGGCUGCGAGAUUACAUAUCGCUCAUGCAGCCAGCUCCAGGCAGGCUUUGGUGCACACCUUCAAGGAGACAAGGAGAACCUGACAGGCUCUGUGAGCACAGGGCUUGAUUCUUCACAACCCUGCACGUGCUUUGUAAAGUCACUAAGCCCUGGGAAACAGGAGAGAAAGCACUACCAGUGAAGGAAAUGAAAUAUUGUAAUUUAAUUAGCAGAGGUAGAAUGACCAAAACAGGAAUAAAACAGUAGUUGUGCCUUUACGUCUCUGGGACAGAAAAAAAAGUUAAGGCACUGGUUUUGUUGCCAUUUACCUUAAGAAGAAAAGUGCAAACUGCUGUAAUUUGAGCCUCUAUGAUUAUAUGAUUAUAACCACAUUUUUAUGGUUAUAAUGAUAUUUUUGGUGAAAAUAUUUUUUUUUUUUUAAUUGAAAAAUCUAUACAGGUGUUUGACAGGAAGAGACCCAGGACUGCUGCUCCUUUCUGACAAAUCUCCUUUCAUGAUGCUCUGGCAGCACUGCCCACCCCUCUUUGGUCAUUAGUGCACCAUAGCUUCACAAAGACUUCCCAUUGCUCAUCCCUUCCAUAUAAAAGCUGACUUACACAGGUUCACUGAUAGCAUUUGGUUGCACUGGCAAUAGCCACUUUAGUCCAAGGUGUCUGUUCCCAUCCAAUUGAUCUCAGCCCCAUCCCUGUGCUCUGUUAGUCUGUUCCCUUAUCCUUUUUGCCCUAUAAAAGUGGCAUUACCUCCUGAUUAAUUUCUACCACUUGCUGAAUUAGUGCCUUAGUCAGCAACUCCUGCCCCAUAUUUAUGGCUCCCUGUGAAACAAGAAUGGCAUUAAGUCAUUGUUUAUUCAUUCUUUGCAUCACAGUUAGCAGCAUGUGCUUCAACUCUGCAAUAAUCCAAUACACCGUCUGUUCCCACAUUUUACAAGAGGUGAGUCCAGUUGGGGGAAUACUUCAUCUUUAGGAAAGAUGAAUUCAACCCGGUGCUCAAGAUUUUCAAAGAACUACUUCUGAUUUUCUCCAACUGGCAUUUUAUGCUCUGCAAAAGCAAUAGUCCUGCACUAGAAUGAUACAAAACAGAACAGAACUCCUUGCCCCAAAGGGUUUGUGUGGUCCCCCUUGUGUUUCUAGGUUGACUCAAUGGUGACUAGCCAGAAAAGCAGGUCAGUGCUGCAGCCAGAAUUGUUCUUAUAGAUACUACUGCUCCCUAAUGGGACUUCCCAGAAUCCCCCUUCACUGGGAGCAUCCAGAUGCAUUGCUGGAGGCAGCACUAGAGAUAACAACAGGUAUUUGGGACUGGGAGAGAAGAGAGGGAAGGGUUUGUUUUUUUUUUUUUUUUUUAAUUAGAAACAUUGAACAACACAUUUCCUAAAGGUGAAAAAUGGGAUCAGGUACUCAAAGAGUUUAGGGACUCCUCACUGAUUUUUUUUAUUUAGUUAUAAAAUGUAGACCCAAGCUUGCCUAUUUGUUUUGGUGUAGAUAAAAAAACCAAACAAACAAGCAAACAAACAAAACCCAAAACAACAAAAAACCCCAAAACAAACCAAAAAAACCACAAACCAAACAAAAAGAAUUUAAGAAGCCAUGUACCAGGUUUCCUAUCUUUCAGCAAAUCAUAUUGUUAUGUGUAAUGGCCAGAAAGGUGGUAAAUUGCAGCUUUUAAUGAGUUUCUGGCUGUAAUACGGGAGCCUUGUAGUUGUGAUGCCAGUCUGUGCAUCUGGACAGCCAACUAUAAAACAAACCCAGAACCUGUAUCAGGGGAUGCGAGAAACCAGAUUAGCUAUUUUGGCAGAUGCUCGCUGAAGCCUAGUACAAAUGAAAAAUGAAAUCCCCCUGUUUGGGCCACCUGUAGUGAGUCCAGACAAUAAGCAGAGUCACUCUGCAGAAGCCUCAGUUGCUGCCACUUUCCUGGAUCCUCAGUGAAAUCAGGAGAAAGGCUACUGGGCUUCCAGUAGCAAAAAAAGACAGCAACGCAUAGUGAGGGAAAGAAUGAGAUGCUUGGAAGAAUGAAAAUCCAGGACAAUUGAACUCAGAACCAAAGAGAUAAGAGACUCCAUACUGAAAAAUCAGAGAAUGUCAAUGAAUUGAUUGAGAAAAAAAAUUGCAGUAUUUCCAUUUUAGUUCUUUAAAAUAAAAAAAAAGUGCAGUAGCACAGAUAUAGCGCAGCAUCACCAAAGCCAUUUGUUGUAUGUGUCUAAGGAUCUGUUAAAUACUGUGUGGAGCUGUAUCAUGACAUCUGCAGCCUAAAGGCUGGACAGAAUAAAAUCACUUGAAAAAAGCUUUUAGAACUACUAUUUACAUAAAUGCAUAAAACUGCCCUAAUUAUCAACAAACAAUGUCAGCCAAAAAGAGAGAGUGUUUUUCUCACUAAAAGCGUUAUUAUGUCUAUAAAUUAAAAUACGGCAAAAUGCUGAAAUCCCUGAAAGGCUAAAAUCCAUAAUCCUGUUGGUACAGUUUUGAUUCUGCAGGCUUGGGCUCCAGAGCAGCAGAGUGACUGCUGAGCUCCUUUAAACACCACAAUUCUUGGUGCCUUCUUCAGUGUACUCUGAGCUCCUUCUCCUGUAAACUGGAGGGGAUUUUUCCUACACUACAAAAUGUGCCUAAGUGGUGUUGGCAGCCAGAAGGAUGUGCGUAUGAUCCAGAGCAUAAUCACUUCCACAAGCAUCUGCUGCUAGUGCUUUCAAGAUACAUGUAAUCCAAGCUGGAGACUAUUGUGAAUAACUCUCAUUUUCCCUUGCUGGUUCCUUAGCAGUUUGCUUCUAGCUAGUUAGAAACAGAAUCCCCCAUCCUGCUUAAAUUGGUUGUAUUCUCUCCAAUUUUCAUGCUACAGCAGGAAAAGAGCAAACUGCCUUGAGUUCAGGAUGGGUUCAUUCUCUUAAAGGUACGACAUGCAAAGGAAAAAACAGAGGUCAGUUCUUAUUUCUAAAGAGGAAGUCAAAUAUAAGUAACUGAAAAAAAUAGAUCUUUCAACCAAUAUCUCACGCACAUUAAUGAGCUAACAUUCCCUCUCUAUUUGCAUAAUUCAAGGCCCUCUGCUUCCUUCCAAUUCAAAAGAAAAUUUAAAAAGCACAAUGUGUUUACUACAAAUUUCACAGGUGUGGUAAUUAACUUCUUUCUUAUUUCUAUGUCAGAGAUUUCAUGCUGUAUCUUUGUCCUUAGGAAAUUGAUUUGUUCCCUUAUUCCAAGAAAGGAAAUAGCUGGGAAAAGGUAGGGGUUUUUUUUUUUUUGUGUUUUGUUUUUUUUUUUUUCCUCUUUUACAAGGGUUAUUAAAUACCAAUAUAAUCUUGCAGGGAGUUAAUCAGUGGCUAAAUAUUUAUUACAUGACAUUUAAUGGAAUAAAAUGUCUAACAAUAGCUAAAUAAAUACCCAAGUAAUUA